CUUAGGCUGGACACGAUUUAUUGCUUGGCAUUGUAUCAAAUUAUUUUAUUUUUAGGGUGCUCUGGAUUUUUUGGCUGUGUGCAUCUAGCUAUGCAGAGGCCGGGCUUUCUUUUGACAUGAUUGUAUCAUCUCGAUAUAUCUAUUCAAUGAAAUGUCCUUUAUCGAAAAAAAGGUAGGGUGUGCCGCUUGUUGAGACGAGCUUUUUGCCGGUUUGUCCAGGUCUUCGGAGCUUUACCAAUGGCGUCUCAUUUUGAAUCGUCCUUCUGCGUGCAAAGAGAACAAAACACCUGCAGCGAAAGCUUGCUGUGAUCCUGACUAGUCGUGGAUGCGUUUCUCCAUCUGCAGGUUAUCGCGAGGACGGCAGAGAAGGCGCCGCCCCCGGUGGUAACGUCUAUGGACACGACGCCACCAGCGGAGCAGCGGGCAGAAGCCACGCUGUCCACGGCGGCCCCGCUGGAUGCACCCCCUGGGCCGGGCUUCCUUUACGCAACAGCUGGGCCCUCAGCCGUGCCGGUGCCGUAUGUCUGGGGCUCUUGGCCGGGGUGCCAUCCGAACGCCAGCAACCUGGGCGGCGGCGCCAGCACUGGACAUGCCCCGCCGCUCUGCUUUCCGCCCUGCGCGUGGUACUACCCCGUCGUUACCGACCCACAUGGUUCGCCGGCGACAUAUUACGCGCAGCCGCUCUAUGAGACGACGAGCGGGGGCGCCAGCCAGGGUACCGGCGGCGGAACGGCUGAGGAGGACACCGACGACGACCCGUGCUCGCUCACGCUGGGGCUUGAUGUCGACAGGAAGUGUGCGACGAGCGCCGAGAGCGGCGGCAGCCGUGCUGUGGCGGGCGAGAGGGAGAGGGCGGUGAUGGCGGCGGAGGCGAGAAAGAGGAGGAAGGAGCUGACGAAGAUGAAGCAGACGCAUCUCGGCGGCCGUCCUGGAGACGAGUAGGUCUCUGGCGCCAUUGACGGGGGGUGACACUAUUGAUUUUUUUCCUUUCUAGCUGGUCGUUUCAUUUUGGUUGUUAUAAGUUGUUUUAUCUGGUUUUGUUUCGCCUUUUGCUCGUCCAAAUGAUUUCAGUUUUCAAAUUAUUUUGUGGUGCAAUCUGUAUACAAAAGAUUAGUAGGUUUGAUGACGUGCAACAAGA